AUGUCAAACGGUGAAGAAACUUCAAAUUCUCGGCACGCAUGCGCAGCUUGCAAGUAUCAAAGGAGAAAGUGCGAGACCAACUGUUUAUUCGCUCCCUACUUCCCUGCAGACAAAGCAAAUAAUUUCCGAGAAGUUCACAAGAUUUUUGGGGUAAAAAACUUGACGGCGAUCUUGUCGAAUCGUAGUCCAGAUGAGAGGGGAAGAGCUGUGGAGUCCCUUGAAUGGGAAGCCUUUGCAUGGAAGAGUGAUCCAGUUGAAGGGCCUUUAGGGUUGUUCAAGCAUCUCAAGAGAGAGCUUGAACAGUUGAAAAAUCAACAGCAACAACACGAGAAUGGGACUAUUGUGCCCUACUCUAAUUACCAGACUGACCAUGGUUUGUUUGCAUUGAACCACAAUGCUGCGCUUGGUAAUUUUGCACAUAAUUCCAACAUCAAUGCUGCAAAAUCUGGUUAUGGUAUUAACCCAAAUAUAGGGAUGGAGCAAUCCUUCAAUAGCUACGCUGUAUUGCCGCAAAUUAGAGGAGGUGAAAUCGAAAAUCAUCAAGUAAUGGUAAAUAAUGGUAUUCCGAUUGAUUCUUACUAUGGAAUCCCGCAAGCGCACGGAUUAGCAUUGCGAAAAAGAGGUGGUGCUGAUAAUGUUGUUCAACCGUCUACUACUUCACACAAACGACAGAUGUCGCAGAAUAACCAAAUGUUGGGUAGUUUUUCAAUGGGGCCACCCACUAAUUCUUUUGGUCGGCACAAUCAUCUUCAAACAGGACUCCAACGAAGAUCUCCUGGAUAUCUCCCAAGACCUGCUUCUCAAUCUCAAGGGAGAGGUUUGCAUUAA